AUGGUUGAAGUAAUCAAGGUCCUUGACUAUGUACAAGGUGUUACUCAUGGUGAUUGUCAGGGUGGUGUUGCUGUUAGUGCAGUUGAGGUAGAAGCCUGGAUAGCCACAGUAGUCACGCCUGCUAUCUAUGCGGAAAGGAUAGGAUAUGUUGAUAUGGAGACCUCCACAAGUGAAUGGGACUGGAAGGCAGUCGAGGUAACGUUGAAAGAAGGGCAGGAGAUAACCAAGUUUUUCAAUGAAAAACUAGGCCAAGGAGGGUAUGACUAUGUUUAUAAAGGCACUAUGACAAAUGGACAUGCGGUGGCUAUGAAACUUUUGAAAAAAGACCACUUGGUCUUUGAUGGGCAAGAGUUUUUCAAUGAGGUUGCAAGCAUAGGAAGGACAUCCCAUAUCAACAUUGUUAGUCUUGUAGACUUCUGCUUCCAAGGAUCCAAAGAAACUCUAAUCUAUGACUUGAUGCCCAAUGGUUCACUGGAAAAUAAUAUCUACACUGAAGACCCAAAAACAAUCCUUGGGUGGGUUAAGUUGUUUCAAAUAGCACUUAAUAUUGCUAGGGGUUUGGAGUAUUUACACCGUGGUUGCGGUACUAAAAAUGUUCAUUUUGACAUCAAGCCUCAUUACAUACUCUUGGAUGAAGAUUUCUGUCCUAAGACCUCUGAUUUUGGACUUGCAAAGUUGUGCAUGGUUGGAACUAGAGGAACUUUUGGAUACAUUGCCCCUGAAGUCUUCUCCAGAAACUUUGGAGUUGUUUCCAAUAAAUCAGAUGUUUAUAGUUAUGGCAUGAUGGUCUUAGAAAUGAUGCAUGGGAGGAGGAACAUAAAAGCAACUGCUGUUAGAACUAGUGAAAUCUAUUUUCCAAAUUGGAUUUAUGAACACAAAGAUCAAGAUGGAGAUCUUGGACAGUCAGGGGUGACACCUGAAACUAAAGAGAUUGCAAAGAAGAUGAUCUUGGUUGGUCUUUGGUGCAUACAAACUAGGCCACAGAAUAGACCUUCAAUAAACAAAGUGGCGGUAGAUAUGUUGGAAAGGAAAAUCAUAGACAUUGAGAUGCCUCCAAAACCACACAUGUAUUCUCCCACAAACCAUUAG